CGCUCGUCCCGAGACUGUUGUUAUAUAGAGGAGCAACGCUCGAUCUUGGCCGCGAGCUUUCGACUUUUCCGUUUAACGGAUCUGGGCAUAGCUGCGGGCGCCUCGAAAGCUGCGCCGACCAAAGCGAGAGUCCAAAUCGAUACAUCUACCAUCGACUAGAUAGGCGCGAGUGUAUACGCACAAGUUGUACAUAGAUAUUGUAAGAAGCGCAAGUAGUCAACGAGUGUCAACGACAGUAGUCAUCUCCUUCUCUCGCGCUAUCUUCUCCGCCUUCUCCUACUACGACUACUUCUUCUUCUUCUUCAUCGUCGUAUUCUUGGUCGGCUUCUCGUCUACUCGUGCGCUCGUGCUCGGGUUUUUACUUUUUGUUCUGUGGACGCCGACGCCGCCGCGCACUCGUAGACUCGGCGUUUCUCUCUCGUCGCGUUAUAGAGUGCCACAGAGCCAGCCGGAGUAGUAGCAGUAGGCGCGCUACAUGAGGCAGUUUAGCAGCCGACAUUGUCAACGUCGUCGCCUAAACACGCACGCAGUAGUAUUGUGAAAAACACAAGCUCGAGACUGGAAGCGCUUCUGCCGUGCUUUCUCCUAUAUAGUACCGUCUCUUUAAAUACCAUGUUGUGCACCCACGGGUUGCUGCUGCUGCUGCUACCGCUACGAUUGGGCUUGUAAACAGAGAAAGUGCAGCGUCGCCGGCGGCAGCUGCACACGUGCUUGGGGCUCUGCGCUCGCGACGACGCCGUUGAACGCCGUUUGUGCAGUGUAGGAGCUUCCUGCAUACGACGAGAGUAAGAUAGGCAACGACGAUCGGCAACUCCGAAACUACCUCGCCAUGGCUCCGGUCAACGUCCUGGCCCUGACUUUCGAGGUCCGAUACGAUUACGCGACCCCGCCACUGGAAUGCGCUCGUGGGAUCGACCAACUUCCCGUCGUCGGCACCAUAUACCACACUGGAGUCCAGAGCGUCUCGGCGGUCAAGCCACUGGUCUUCCCCGUUCAGCCCGAAAUCUAUCAGCCGAUCAGUCAAGUGCCCCUGGGCAUCUUCGCCGACGAGUCUUGCGCGAACGUCGUCGCACCAGCGCUGAACUCGCAGCCCCCGACAAACCGAGUGGAAAUGUCGAAUCUGGAAGUCCUGUCGCAAGCUCCUCCUCCUUCUCUUGGCCCACUGGAGCUGGAGCCCCAGCAGCAGCAGCAGCGCUUCGAGCCCGUGACCAUACACGCCGAGGGCCUCGAGCCCAUCACCAUACAACCCGAGGCCUAUCUGGAUGCCAUGAGCUUGCAGCACAUCUCGUCGCAACCUUACUCGGAGAACGACGAGCAUCGAGCCAUCGUCGGACAGGAGAGCUUUUCGAGCCUUGAACAGCCGCUGACCAUCGAGCAACCCAUGGAUCUCAAUCUCGAGGACGAACGAUUCGAUUCGAUCCUCAUGAUGCUCAACGAUCCGGACUUGGCGGGCUCGAGCAACGACAGCUUGGACCUCGGUGGCAUAGCCCUGACGUACUCGGACGAGCUGCCGGCGCUCACGUCGGGUCUCGCGACGGGAGGUCUCGCGGAGCCAACCGACGACUGGGACGGCUCGAUCGAGAAGAUGAUCACGCCGAAGGACGCACCGAAGAGCAGCGGCUGGCCGAAGAAGAAGGCGGAAAAGCGAAGACGAGCGAGGCCGAGGACCGAGACGUCGAAUCGGGCGCGCCUCGUCGCGGCCAAGAUGGCCAAGGACCGGGGCGAGGCCUACACGACCCUGCGGGGCAAGCCCAUGCCGAAGCGCGAGCUGCGCGCGCCCUGCAAGAGCAACUGCCGCAUACGCUGCUACAAGUGCUUCGACCGGGCGCUGCGCGAGCAGCUCUUCGGCCAGUUCUGGGCGCUGGCCGACCACAAGGCCCAGUGGGACUACAUAGCCAAUCACAUCGUCGUGCUGCCCAAGAUGCAGUGCGUCACCCAGUCGGGCUCGAGCAAGCGCGAAAAGUCCCGCUACUACUUCCUCGAGAAGGACAGCAAGCACCUGAGGGUCUGCAAGACCAUGUUCCUCAAUACGCUGGGCAUCAACGACCAGUGGGUCGUCACCGUCAGCAAGAAGCUCGACAAGAACGGCCAGGUCAGCCAGGACGGCAGGGGCAAGAUCGGACACAGGAGAAAAAAAGAGCCCGACGAUCCUAGUUGAUGUAUCGACGCGCAUCAAUGGACUUUUCUAUCUUUUGUACUUUUUUUGCCUGUCUUCUUCGGUUUUCCAACUUUUCUUGUAGUCAUACACUUUUUUACUCUCAUACGUUUAAGUUUUGUACAGCAUUGAUUUAAUGACUCGAUUUAUGAUUUGACUGUUUAUCCACGAUUAAAAAGUCUGAUUAUAAAUAUUAAAUGUAAGCUACUCUUUCUCGUCAGAGCUUUGAUCCAUUUAUUCUUUUCCAAACGUAAUUCUAUUCUAAGCAUAUUUUUCCAGUGGAUCGUCGUAAGAUCGAUUUCUGAUUCGAUAGAACCAUAAUAUGAAGAAUGAUUCAGUAAUUAAAUGCAGCGUUGCAUGUGUUUUCGUGUUUACCAAGAAUCAAAAUUCGGGACCGGAUACAUCAUGAUAAUUUAAAUAAUUAAUGUUGCCUGCUGAUUUAUGCUUCAUUCA